AUGGCCGAUUUUAAUACCCUCUAUCAUCAAGGUCUUUAUCUCUCCCCCGAUCAACAAGACCUUCUUCUUGCCGCUCUUUCCUCCAAUCAGCCCCCUCAAAAGCAACAGAACGAUAAGCAACGAUCCCAAGCGAAGACAGACCCAGACAGUACUCCUGGGAACAUGUCGUCUGGCAGCUUUACCAUGUCACCAGGAUUCAAUAAGUCGCAUCCUGGCUCUGGUGGGCUGGGUUAUGGAGAUGAUGAGAGCCCUUUCUUAGACUUCAACCCGGAGCUUGACUUCGAUUUUCCAGGCUCCGAGAAUCUAAUUGGUGACCUGCCGGAAAGUGUCCCCUCUGAUGAACAUGAGGUAGGCGAAAAACGGAAGGAUAUGUCGGACAACGAAAACGAGGAGUCGGGAAAGAAGCGCAGAGAAAGCGAUGACAAAGCAGCGAAAAAACCAGGUAGAAAGCCGUUGACUUCAGAGCCUACUUCGAAGCGCAAGGCGCAAAAUCGUGCAGCGCAGCGGGCAUUCCGUGAGCGCAAGGAGAAGCAUCUGAAGGACUUGGAGACCAAAGUGGAUGAGUUGCAGAAGGCCUCUGACGAUGCAAACCAGGAGAACGGACUACUACGCGCUCAGGUCGAGCGUUUGCAGGUGGAGCUCAGGGAGUACCGUAAGCGUCUCUCAUGGCUGACUACCGGCAGUGGAAUCUCUGCCAUGAGCGCUAUCCCAAGCGCUCAUUCUAGGAAUUUGUAUGGCCUCAAUAACAACGACUUUAUGUUCGACUUCCCCAAAUUCGGAGACCUUCCCGGAGGACACAUCUUUAAUGGCCCUUUGACCAAGUCAAAUCAAAACAAGUCUAGGGAUGGUUCUUCUCCGGCGACAAGCGACUCCCAAGUUCCAGGUGUUAUGACUCGGGAAGCACUCAACGGAUCAAACAACCAGAGAAUGUCAACUGCCAAAGCCGCCAACGGAGUCUCCAACAAUCCCUCUCCUAAGGUUCCAUCGGUGUACAACAUCAGGCAGUCUGCAUCAUCACAUGAUUCGUCCAAUUCAUGUUCUCCGUCAGCUUCAUCGGACUCGCACCAGAGUCAGAUACUGUCUUCGAAUGGCACAUCGCCGGAGCCGAUAUCAAAUUCGCCUGCCACGAAGCUUAAUGACAGUGUUCAGAAUCAUCAUGCUUGUACCUAUAGCACCAUUGAUGGUGAGGCCUCCUUCUGCGCACAACUCGGCAUGGCGUGCGGCAAUAUCAAUAACCCUAUUCCAGCUGUAAGAGGCAAAAGCGAGAGUGUAUCGGAUACCCCCAACCAACCCAACAGCAACUACGAACAAACACCCGGACCCGGACUUGACCUCCUGGCGCAGCAGAAUGGGGGUCAGUUCGAUCCAGUGCUGUUCGGAGACUGGCGAGAGCCUCAGGAUGCAAUUUUGUCGCAGGACUUCGGUACCUUCUUUGACGAUGCCUUCCCCUUGCCGGAUCUGGGAAGUCCAUCUCACAAUUUCAAUGAGCUGGCCAACCAGCAGCUACCGAAGAAGGAUUUGAUUGCUGAGAUUGACCAUAAGAUGGAUGAGGAGGUGGUGCCUGGGGAGGACAAAUCACAGAUGUUGUCUUGCACCAAGAUUUGGGAUCGCCUGCAAUCUAUGGAGAAGUUCCGCAAUGGCGAAAUUGACGUUGACAACCUUUGCUCCGAACUGCGUACGAAGGCCCGCUGUUCGGAGGGUGGUGUAGUUGUGAACCAAAAGGACGUGGAGGAUAUCAUGGGUCGCGUCAAAUAA